UCAACACGGAAUUCUCGCAUCGAACGAUUGUGGGUUGAAGUAGGCACACAGUUUGUACGCCGGUGGCGGGGGUUCUUUACCAGGCUCGAACGACUUCAUAAACUUGAUGUCGACAAGCCUGGGCAUCUGUGGCUCCUCAGUGUGCUUUUCUUAAAUGCGCUCAAUGAUGAUUGUCGACAAUUUCAACAAGAAUGGAAUUUGCAUCCUAUUCGUGGUUCUGAUACCAGGGAUCGAAGCCCUCAGGAUAUGCGCCUUCUAGGACAGGCAUCAUUAGGUAUCUAUGAAGACGAGUUUGAGGGAAUCUGUCCUACAGUUCUGCAGCGCUAUUAUGGUAUUCAUGGCAGGGAGGUUGUCCGUCAUCGAAAUCAGACAGGUGCUGGCCACCCAAGUGACGAGGCGGAUGAACCAGAAGAAGAUGAUAUUAUUGGCCGCAUUGAGCAGGAACAAGCAAAUGAUGUCCAGCAUGAUGCUGUUGAGGUUCCAGACAGCAAUACUCCUUUUCGGAACGAAGAGGAUGAAAGUAUGUUCUUCGAAACACUUGAGGAGGUUGUCAUGGAGGGGAUUGUACCGGAGGGAUACAAUUUA